AUGGAGGAACGGCUGGCGGCUCGUCGCAAGAUGAAAAGAUUCAGGCUCACGCACCAACAAACGAGGUUCUUGAUGAGCGAGUUUGCGAAGCAACCCCAUCCCGAUGCCGCCCACAGGGAGCGGCUAUCGCGGGAGAUUCCGGGGCUGAGUCCUCGACAGGUCCAAGUUUGGUUCCAGAAUCGGCGAGCCAAGAUUAAGAGGCUGACCGCCGACGACCGUGAUCGCGUGGUCCGGAUGAGGGCUGUGCCGGAUGGCUUCGACAAUGUGCAGGCACUGCACUCGCCGUACGGGGCUGUCCAUGGCCUCGCGAUUUCAGCGUCGCCCGGGGAUGCCGUGAGCGCGCCCUACGGGGGCCAGAUGCUGAGGCCCUUGAUGGUAGAUGUUCGACGCCAAGAAGAAGCUUACGUGACUUCCAGCGCCCUCACGCCGUCGUUUGGGGGCAUCGAGCUGGGGCAGUCUGGGGGCAUGAGCGAGCCAUUUGUCUACGUCGAGAACGCCCAGCGCAAGCGGCAGCCCCCGCACAUGAGGGAGUCGGUUGGCAGGUCCACUCCUGAUUCUCUGCAGUCGCCACUGCGUGGGAGCAUGUCGUGGAAAUCAGACUCGUUUGAUUAUUCCCACUAUCAGGAGGCCGGCGCCGCCUCCUCAGCCACGGACCGGCAUCCGUCGGCAUAUCAGGCCGGUCAUAUGGGGCCAGCUCCGGGCAGUGGCAUGGGAGGUUUCGAACCUCCCUAUCCUGGUGAGCCGGCCCGGGUCCGACACGAGCGGCGGCACGGCGGAAACGGUCUGAUGGGGGCCAAGGGCUAA